ACAAAAGUAAGAUCACACAAGUAAGCAAAACAUCAUGGAUAACAACACUGUGGUAUUUGAGUAUGGGGUUAUGAGUUAAAACAGCUGAUAAAGAAUUGACAUAUACUAUGCGCCCGCCGGUAACAGAAAGUGCACAUGGCGUCAAGCGUUAAAGAAUCUAAUGACUUCUACUUAUUGCAGCCAGAAUUAUUGAAUGAAACAGCAUUAAAACAAAUACUAGAAUCAAGAUGUGUGAAGCUACAGAACUUGAAUUUCCUGAGCAAGGCACAGCUAGUGAAAAUAUUUUAUCAAGUAGCUGUCCCUCUACCACAGCGGGAAUACAAAGACAACCGAAGAGGAAAACUUCUAACAAGAUUGAGGAGAAAGCAAGAGAUAAACAGUCAAAAGACAGACGAUUCAGGAAAAAAGUCCAGUAUUACAUGUGGCUUCAGUGAAGCUUCAACAUCGCAUGGUUUGCACGGAACUGGGGUCCGACUGAAGCCACCCCCAGAUACAAUCAAUUUUGAACACAAAAAAAUAAAGCUUAGGUCUAGCUCUUCAAGAUCUGAUGACUUGGAAAGCAUCCAAAUAAAAAGGCUGAAAAAAUUUGAGAAAUCAGAUAUUAAUGGGGGUAUUCUUGAUAGGAUUAUCAUUAAUGACAGGCGCAAAGAAAAGGAGAAAGAAGAAAAGGGAGACACGCAGAGCAUAAAGCAGAAGCCGACAGACGAAAGCACCGCGGAUGUACCAGUAGACCAAUCUAAAUUGCUAGGAUGUGAAUCUUGUAGCUCUGAAAAGGUGUCUGGAUCCAGGAAGGUUAAACUGAAACGGUCACACAGCACUUCAAGUUCCGAGAAUCCACUCUCUGCAUGCACAACUGGCAAGGACUUAGAAGUCAAAAAAAACAAGACAAAAAUUAUCUGGCCAUGAAAAUGCUGAAGUAAACACAAAAAAAAGGAAAGAAGUUUAGUGUACUUUAUUUAACCCUUUACUGUCCAUCUUUUUAUAUAUUUAUUCCCUGUCACACUACAUAUGACGUAGGAUAAGAACAGAAUUAAUUAAUUUCGAAGUCAAUAUAAAUUUAUAACAUUCUUUACCUGUCAGUCAAGUUAAUUUAAAUAAAUAUGAAAUUAGUAAAUGUUAAUAAAAUUUUGAUCCUGUCUCUAAAGGUGUGAUAGAAAAAUGAAAGAGAAAAUUUUUAUAAUGAUUUAAGGAUUUUCCCUGGACACUGAUGAAUGAAUGUCUGAAGCUGAAUUAUGCCUACAAUAUAAUUUGGAAGAUUUGAAGUUUACAUGGCAAAUAAAUGCAUUAAAAUCCUCUUGGGGGGGGUCAGCCAUAUCAAGAUGACUACAUAACCAGUGGUUGGAAGAUUGUCUUAGAAACCACUUGCCUCUGACGUGGCUGAUCACCCAAGAGAGUCUUAGUACAAGGUAAUAUUACUGUUUCUUUGUUAACCAGAUUUUGUGCUGUUCGAGAUUUAUAAAUGAGCGUAUACUGAUUCUGUAAUGCAUUUCUAAAGGUUUGAGACAGUGAUCCUGGUAUCAUUAUGUAAUGUCGUUCCCUGGACAUUGUCUUUUUGUCUGGAACUGAGCAGUCUUUAUAGGCUCUUAUCCAGUUUACUGAUGGACCCCAAAGAGUUAAAAAAUAUAAACUUUUGCGUUGUCGACACCAGUUUGUAAGUAUAAGUCUCUGAUGGUUUAGUUUACUUGUUAGUUUCAUUGCCUACAGCAUAACUAAAUUGAAUUAAUUUGAUAAAACAGAUGCAAAGAAAAUAAGAUGAUGCCUGUGAAGUGCCUGAUUGUAAAUUUUCCUUGUCAGCACUGUACGUACUUAUUUUUAUUUCACGGGUGGUGUAUCCUUUAGUCUUAAGGUGAAAGAUUGUAAUACAAACCUGAACUACAUGCCUGAUGUUUAUGUUUAGAAUUAUCAUUCUGUAGAUUGUGCAGAGUUCUAUGUUGUCAGACAUGUUUACAAGAAAUUGGAAUACACAAAUGUUUGUAGUGUUACUUGUGACAUAAUUUCAUACACUAAUUAUAUGUGUUUAAGGCCUGCAAUUAGGAAAUAUUUAAUCUUGUAUUUUGAGAUGUGACUUUUUUUAUAUUGAUUGCUGUCUUGUCUGUGAAUAUUCUUCAUUAUUUAUGAACUUUGAUUUUGUACAGCAACAUGAGACUAUCAUGCAGGCAUAAAUUUCCUUCCCGUGGGAGACAAACACGCAGUAAAUCCUAAUGGAAAUUUUUUUCUCUCUCUGACAAUAGAUAAUUUGUUUGAAUGCUAAACCAAAGAAUUCUUGCAAUUAAGAAAGUGUGACAUUGAUCUAAUGGGGGCUGGAACCAUAGAAGUUAUACAAUGAAUGAAAUAAAACACGUAAAAUGUAGAAUAUUAAA